CCUGCAGGUUUUGAUAGAUAAGAUGAAAAGGAGAGAUAUAGUCUACACAGUCGGUACUACGAAAAGACGGAUCAGUCAUUGUCACGAGAGUAAGCUGGACAGAACAGAGAACCGGUGAAGAUGAAUACUUCGGAUGUAACGAAGAAAAAGAAUUCCGAAAACGAGAUUCAAGAUCAUCCAAACAACCAGAUCAAUGUCGAGGGACAAGAAAAGAAGAUAAAGUAUCCCAAAUCGGUAUUUUUCAUUGUCACCAAUGAAUUCUGCGAGAGAUUCUCUUUCUAUGGAAUGCGCACCAUCCUGGCGUUGUACUUGAGUAACAUGCUAAAGUACAGCGAAAAUACAGCUACAAUGAUCUAUCAUGUCUUCAUCUGUUUCGUCUAUUUCUUCCCGCUAUUCGGCGCAAUCGUGUCUGAUUCCUGGCUCGGAAAGUAUUGCACCAUUUUUUAUGUGAGCAUUAUUUAUGCGAUUGGACAGCUGAUUUUAUCUGCAAGUGCGACACCUCCUUUCGGACUACCCGCAAGGGAAUUGUCCAUGCUAGGCUUACUUCUGAUUGCGCUUGGCACAGGCGGGAUAAAACCUUGCGUGUCAGCUUUCGGAGGCGAUCAGUUCAUCCUGCCUCAGCAGGAACGAUACUUGGCAAUGUUCUUUUCCCUUUUCUACUUCUCCAUUAACACGGGUUCUCUGAUCUCCACUUUGCUUACUCCAGUCCUACGCGAGACAGAAUGCUUCGAUGACGAAUGCUUCUCUCUGGCAUUUCUGGUACCGGCUAUUUUAAUGAUUAUAUCGAUUGUAAUAUUCGUCUCGGGAAAACCAAUGUAUAAAAUAGUGCAGCCUAUGGGUAAUCUCAUUCUCAAGGUUUCUAAGUGCAUUCACCGCGCAAUCUAUAAUAAAAUAAAAAACAAAGGAAGGAAAUGCGAUCACUGGCUCGACCACGCCGAUGAUAAGUACGAAAAAAACCUAAUCGAAGACAUCAAGGCCGCAUUGCGGGUUCUGAAAUUGUUCAUACCGUUGCCAAUAUUCUGGGCGCUCUACGACCAGCAGGGCUCUCAGUGGACGUUUCAAGCAACGCGGAUGAAUGGUCAGAUAGGCAGUUUCGUGUUGCUGCCUGACCAACUGCAAGCUCUCAAUCCGUUAUUGAUCAUCAUUUUCAUACCCAUCUUUGAAACCUGCAUCUAUCCGGUUUUCGCCAAGAUACACAUAAUCAACACGCCCUUGAAAAAGCUCGUUGUCGGGGGAUUCUUAGCCAGCGUGGCCUUUAUCGCGGCCGGUCUUGUCGAAUUAGAACUCGAGAAAACUUAUCCAAUAUCACCGUCAGAAGGAUUGGCUCAAAUCCGGAUUUUCAAUACGAUGGAUUGUCCCGUAACUCUAACGAAUACGACAGGAUGGAAAGUUGAAAUAAAACCGCUGAGUAUGUGGUCGGAUUUAGAAAUAAAAGCGAAAGACUCGGUUACGUUGUCCUACACAGCGAAUUUCACAACGUGCAAAAAUAAAGGCUAUGUUACCGAAUUAAAUAAUGAAGUGUCAGGAGAAAUUGUAGCCAAAGAAGCCACCGCGUUGUCUUGGAUCAUAACGCCCAAGGGACUGAAAAAUUACUACGAAGACGAUGUGGAUAAGCCGGAUAAGGGUAAACCGACAGUUCGCAGUCUCAUCUAUCUAGCGCCUGAAAUGAAUCGCAAUUCCAGCCUGAGAUUUGUCUAUGGCGAAUCGGACGAGACGGUAUUGUCAAUAACGGUCAACAGCUCGAUUUUCGCGCAUUCGGAGCCGAAACAAUUCGAGAAACCAGACAAAUAUGACGUCUACCUAGAUGAUUAUCUGCUGAAGAAGGAGGUGCCCUUUAAACUCGGCGGAGCAUACACCGUAGUGGGUAGCUAUAUGUCCGCCGUCAAAGAGGGUAAUAACAUUACCGGUGAAAUAAUCACGGUCACGCAGCCCAACUCGCUUCACAUGGCCUACAUGUUGCCGCAAUACAUCAUCAUCACGAUGGCUGAGGUGAUGUUCUCUAUAACGGGCCUGCAAUUCGCCUUCACCCAGGCGCCGGAGAGUAUGAAGUCUAUAUUACAGGCAGGUUGGUUGUUGAGCGUGGCCUUCGGCAAUCUCAUCGUGGUGAUCAUAAAGGGUUCGCGUCCUUUCCAGCGGCAGGUCUACGAGAUUUUCUUGUAUGCUGGUCUGAUGGCGGUGGUUAUAGCGAUAUUCGCCGUGAUGACCAUGUUCUACAAGUACGUGGAAAUGCCGGAGGAAGAAGUCAAUAAUGAGGCCAUAUCUCUAGAAGAAAAAAAGGGUAAUGUUAAUCCAACCUACAAAGAGGACGAAAAGUGACGACAAGAGCGGGAUAAUUGAGCGAGAAAUCAUAGUGAGAUUUCAUGUGUUCUCUUAUUCGGACGAAGGAAGAAGCGCGACAGCUUUGUCAAGAAUAUUAUCGAGAUUCCGUUUCUAUCAAACGUCUGAACACCUCGAGUGCGAUAAAAUAUGUGAAUUUUUCAUAAACUCAUCUCUUUCUACAAUAGAAAUUUCAUUAAAAAAAACUUAUUAUAGACUUGAGAGAUAUACAUCGCAUUGAAUAACAACUCGACGAAAAUUCGUAAUGUAUUUUAACCGUAAAAAAAGAUGGUAAAAUAUAAAUACCUUAUAUUUUGGGAUAAUAUUUAAAAUUGCAAAGAUUUUAUGAUUAAGAAAUUUUAAGUUUUCAUAUACAUGUCCUGCAAUAUUAAAACAAAAUUAACAAAGAAUAUAUAAUAAUAACCAAGAAUAGUGAAUAUUGUAUAAUUGAUAGACUCGUCUAAAUCAUGCGGCAAUAAUUGUAAGAUUAGGAAUUGUUAGAGAUUGAAAAAUUAAUUAUUUAACUUAUACGUAUGUUGUGCGUGAAUGUUAUGAGAAAUUUAAUAAACGAAUGAGAAUGCUAUUAUAACUUU